AUGGGGAUGCAUGUUUCGAUGUGGACAAAUGUUGCUUGCUCAAGCUCUGGUAGUUCAUUUUUAGGCAGAAAUUGGAGGCUAACAAAAAAUCAAAGGGAUUCGGAUUUCAGCCUUCAAAUUAUCAAAUGGUUCAAUGAUUCUUGGUCACCGUUUUCUCCGUUAUCUUUGCAUCGUUUAGUUCAAAUGAGUGAUAGGAAACCAGGAGAAUGGUGCGGGCCAGCUUCAGUUUGCUCGGCAAUCUUACGUCUCGCGACAGAGUUAUAUAUCGUGAGGAAAUUAUGGAUCUUGCAAGAGGUUCACACAGCUUUAUAUCGUUCACAAUCUGGUCAGACUAAUGACUCACUCAGCUUCGAACCAACAGCUGUCUUGUUACUCAUCCCAAUGAUGUUCGGAAAAGGAACUCGCAUUAACCCACGUUAUAUUCCAGUGGUGUUGCGUCUAUUUUCGGAUCCAGCGUUUUUGAUUCUUGGUACUGUCCUAUUCCUAAAACAAUGA